CAGCAACAAUUUCCCGCAUGCAUUUCCCAACAUUGCAUGUCGAAAUGUUAACAGUUACAGGUGCAUACAUCGGCAACUUAUCGGUCUUGAUUUUGCCACGUAAAAGAAUUUAAAGCGGGGAUUUCUCUUCUCAUAAUUCACGACUUUUUCGCGAACUACUGGCACUUGUCCGGAAACAAAAUUUCUUUGCUUUGCUGACUCUCUCUCACUCUCUAGGGUUUAAGAAGCGGGAUUUUUGUUCUAUCGUGAUCGAAUCCACAUUAGGGGUUUCAGAUGUCAUUUUCGAAGAGUCAUUGAAGUACUUUCAAUUAAUAGUAAAAGACAUGGGAAGUUCACCUGAAGAAUAUGCUGCAUUUGAGGACAAGGUGAAACGUACUGUAUACAUCGACAAUAUUUCACCACAGGUGACAAACGCUGUUUUGAAAACUGCCUUAGGACAGUUUGGAACUGUCAAAACUGUUCAAUUCAUUCCAAACUAUUUUGAACCGAAGAUCAUACCACAGUGUGCCUUGGUGGAGAUGCAGACAGAAAAGCAAGCCAAGGCGAUCAUAUAUGAGAUGAACAACUAUCCGUUUAUGAUGUCUGGUAUGCCGAGGCCCGUUAGAGCAUUUGCUGCUGAAAUGGAAAUGUUUGCAGAUCGUCCAACAAAUCCUUCCCGGGGGAGGAUAACUUGCCAGUGGUUGGAACGUACCGAUCCAGACUAUGAGGUGGCACGGAGGCUAAAGCAACUUACCCUGAAACAUGCUGAAGCGGCUUCAUAUCUUUUGCGGGUUGAAUUGGAGGAUGAAGAAAAGCUUGCAAUGCAGCAGUCAGAGAUGCUCAAGGCAAAUCAUAAGAAGUUAGAGAUGCUGGAAAACCUGUUCUCUGAUGGAUCUUUUUGGCGCUUGGCGCGUCGAUACAAUAUUAAUGUGGCAGAUGAAAUAUAGUCUUAGGAUCUUUUCUGGUGCUUUCACAUGGCAUACAUCAUAACUUUUAAGCCAUUUUUGCUUGUAAAGUUUUCUUUCAUCUCCCAUGAAGAAAAGAAUAACCUUCAAAACCUUUCAAUGAAGGCGGCUACUUACAGUCAGGUUACACUAGACCUGGAAAUUUGAUAGUACAGAUCAUACUAGAUAGUGAUCCUGCAAUGCACUGGGAUGGGUUUUUUCUUUGUAUUCAAUUACGGUAUCUCUUGAUUAUUACUGCCUCCAUUUCUGGAAAAGAGAUACUUUCACUUUUCCAAAAACAGAGAGAGUAUUAUUUUUUAUGAUGGUAGUUUUUGUAUA